AUGAACGACCCCUCAGACUGCACCGGGACCAGAACGAACCCUCAGACUGCACCGGGACAAGAACGACCCCUCAGACUGCACCGGGACCAGAAUGAACCCUCAGACUGCACCGGGACCAGAACGAACCCUCAGACUGCACCGGGACCAGAACGACCCCUCAGACUGCACCGGGACCAGAACGAACCCUCAGACUGCACCGGGACCAGAACGAACCCUCAGACUGCACCGGGACCAGAACGAACCCUCAGACUGCACCGGGACAAGAACGAACCCUCAGACUGCACCGGGACCAGAACGAUACCUCAGACUGCACCGGGACCAGAACGACCCCUCAGACUGCACCGGGACCAGAACGAUACCUCAGACAGCAACGGGACAAUGAACGACCCCUCAGACUGCACCGGGACCAGAACGAACCCUCAGACUGCACCGGGACAAGAACGACCCCUCAGACUGCACCGGGACCAGAAUGAACCCUCAGACUGCACCGGGACCAGAACGAACCCUCAGACUGCACCGGGACCAGAACGACCCCUCAGACUGCACCGGGACCAGAACGAACCCUCAGACUGCACCGGGACCAGAACGAACCCUCAGACUGCACCGGGACCAGAACGAACCCUCAGACUGCACCGGGACAAGAACGAACCCUCAGACUGCACCGGGACAAGAAUGAACCCUCAGACUGCACCGGGACCAGAACGAUACCUCAGACUGCACCGGGACCAGAACGACCCCUCAGACUGCACCGGGACCAGAACGAUACCUCAGACUGCAACGGGACAAGAACGACCCUCAGACUGCACCGGGACCAGAACGAACCCUCAGACUGCACCGGGACAAGAACGACCCCUCAGACUGCACCGGGACCAGAAUGAACCCUCAGACUGCACCGGGACCAGAACGAACCCUCAGACUGCACCGGGACCAGAACGACCCCUCAGACUGCACCGGGACCAGAACGAACCCUCAGACUGCACCGGGACCAGAACGAACCCUCAGACUGCACCGGGACCAGAACGAACCCUCAGACUGCACCGGGACAAGAACAAACCCUCAGACUGCACCGGGACAAGAACGAACCCUCACAGACUGCACCGGGACCAGAACGAUCCCUCAGACUGCACCGGGACCAGAACGACCCCUCAGACUGCACCGGGACCAGAACGAUACCUCAGACUGCACCGGGACAAGAACGACCCCUCAGACUGCACCGGGACCAGAACGAACCCUCAGACUGCACCGGGACCAGAACGAACCCUCAGACUGCACCGGGACCAGAACGAACCCUCAGACUGCACCGGGACCAGAACGAACCCUCAGACUGCACCGGGACCAGAACGACCCCUCAGACUGCACCGGGACCACAGAACGAUACCUCAGACUGCACCGGGACCAGAACGACCCCUCAGACUGCACCGGGACCAGAACGAACCCUCAGACUGCACCGGGACGACCUCGACUGACGGACCAGAACCCUCAGACUGCACCGGGACCAGAACGAACCCUCAGACUGCACCGGACGAAGACCUAGAUGCACGGACAGACCCCUCAGACUGCACCGGGACCAGAACGAACCCUCAGACUGCACCGGGACCAGAACGAACCCUCAGACUGCACCGGGACCAGAACGACCCGACUCAGACUGCACCGGGACCAGAACGACCCUCAGACUGCACCGGGACCAGAACGACCCCUCAGACUGCACCGGGACCAGAACGAACCCUCAGACUGCACCGGGACCAGAACGAACCCUCAGACUGCACCGGGACCAGAAGACCUCAGACUGCAACAGAACGAACCCUCAGACUGCACCGGGACCAGAACGAACCCUCAGACUGCACCGGGACCAGAACGAACCUCAGACCAGGACAGACGACCCUCAGACUGCACGGACAGAACGACCUCAGACUGCACCGGGACCAGAACGAACCCUCAGACUGCACCGGGACCAGAACGAACCUCAGACUGCACCGGACAAGACCCCUCAGACUGCACCGGGACCAGAACGACCCCUCAGACUGCACCGACGGACUGCACGGACACGAACCCAAUCAGACUGCACCGGGACCAGAACGAACCCUCAGACUGCACCGGGACCAGAACGAACCCUCAGACUGCACCGGGACCAGAACGAACCCUGCACCGGACUGA